CAAACACCAACCACCGAAAAACAGCUCCACCAUGCUCAGCGGGACUGGAUCCUCUGAGCUUUGCGCAACCAUCAAAAACUCGUCUUCAUCCUCCCUCAAUUGGCUUGUGAGGAGUUCCAACUCCGCAUCUUCAUUGCAACUCCGCCAACCCGCAUGCCACCGCACGUCGCAUCUAUCGAGUUCUAGAAGUCAGAAAGUACGGAGUACGACGAUUCGAGGACGAGUGGAUUCUUCGCCUUCAAGAUGGCAUAUCCGACACCGCCGCCCACUUCCUCUCCAAAGGAGGACACGCAUCACGAUUACCGCACGACCCAAGACUUCCGCAGCUAUGAUACGCCGCAGCAAACUCCUGCCCUGACCCGAAUUCCAGCUCAAGAGGCCUACUACCAUGCUGGUUCUGAGCCCAGCUCUCCCAGGCAAUCCUACACAAAGCCAUACCAAGCCCAAGGCAAUGGAGGCAAUGGCCCAGAGCAAAGACUCGUUCGCUCCAACACCGACUCGCCAAAGCAUUUCUAUGGGCCGCCACAUGCUCAAAAGCUGAAUGACCUUGGUGUCACUGGUCGAAACCAAAGACCAGUCGAUGGUACAUACACCAUCCGGUCGGGCAGUCGAUCCCCUCCUCUCCACCACGACAACUCUGACCACCCAACUCGUCCCAGCUCGGGCCAGCGAAGACGAACACCCCCUCCUCGACCACUAUACUUCUCUCCAACCAAUCGCCCUCCCUCCCCAUACAAUGUGUCUCGUCCCCAACCACGUCCCGGCUUUAUGAAGCGGAUGAAGGAUAAGGUCUCAUAUUGGAUGCGCAAAUUGCUCGAUUGGGCGAAACGUAACCCUAUCAAAGCGGGACUGGCAAGCAUUGUGCCACUCGUGCUGGGGGCCGGGAUGAUCAGAAUUAUCACGGAAUUGAGUUCUGUGGCUAAGACACUGCUGAACAAAUUGGAAAUGGGCAUGGGAGGUGGCCGACCAGGGCAGAAGAGGAAGCCUCCAGUCAAGGAGGGUUGGGAUUGGGGUCUACAACAUUUCGUUGGCUUUGGAGGAACCAAAGGUGGACCCUUGGAUGGUAUCAUGAAGAUUUUGCAGAUGUUUAUGUUAGUACCUUCUCCUUUUCAUCACAUUGAGAAAUUUUUGAUCAUUCAUAACACCAUGCUAAUACAAAAAUAGGAACCACUACGCAAGACUUACACCCAGUGCGGUCCCUAGAGCGGCCUGCAUCCUCCUCGAAUUGUAUUUUUUAGAGAAGGUCUACUGAAGGCAAUGGGUCUCAAUGUAUAAAGGCGAGUGUUAUUCAUGAUCAAUUCCAGCGCUGGAUGAACAGAACAUACGAAACGAACGCAACGCAUAAGCUUACGAUAUGAUGAAAAUGCAUAUGAAAACAACACAU